UAGUCUCCAGUUCCUCCCCACAGUUUGGUUUUCCAGCUACAACAUCCAAAAUAACAGGUAAAACAGGCCAAGUGUUCCACGAAUCUAGGAGCAUAGUAGCGUCGUUUGCUCUCCAGUGCAGCAGGUGUCAGUGUGGAGUCGCACAGCCAGAGCAGCAGCGGGUUUGUUUUCCUUAGCCGUUAGCAUAUGAAGCUCCUGUAAAAGAUGCCCGUGUCUGUCAUGAUGGCUGAACUUGAUGAAAAGCUGCUGUUGCAGUUUGAAACUCAAGAGCUGGAGGCUCCUGGUGGCAUUGCUACACCUCAAGUGUAUUCCCAGUUAUUAGUUUUGUAUCUCCUGCACAAUGACAUGAAUAAUGCCAGAUACCUUUGGAAACGGAUACCACAGGCAAUCAAAGCUGCAAACCCGGAGCUGGCUGCUAUAUGGGCCGUAGGACAGCGUAUUUGGCAGCGAGAUUUUCCAGGGAUCUACACCGCUAUUGCUGCUUACCAGUGGUCUGAAAACAUUCUCCCUGUGAUGGAAGCUUUAAGAGAGUCUACCCGUAGGAGGGCAUAUGGGCUUGUAGCACAAGCUUACACCUCUAUCAGUGCGGAGGAUUUUGCUGCCUUCGUGGGAUACUCUGUAGAAGAGGCGGUCAAAGGUGUAGUUAGCCACGGGUGGCAGGCAGAUCCAAACACCAGGAUGAUCAUGCCACAGAAACCAGAUCCGCCCCCAGUCUCUUUGGUUCCAAACGAACAACAGCUGGCCAGACUUACCGACUACGUGGCUUUUCUUGAAAAUUGAUAAGCACUCCACCCUCUUCCAUCCUCUUCCUCAUCACCUCUCAGAUACUCACUUUUACGGAAGAAACCUCUAGUGUCCAAGGACCCUUUUCACACACAAUUAUCUGUCCUGCUUCAGUGAUGGAUCUUCACUGACAGCCAUCUUUCUUUUUUUUUUUUUUUUUUUGUUUUGCUCCUUGAACUUCUCAACCACAGUGAUGUAGGACAGUUUCCAAAUUGUUUUACGUUUACAUCUAUUUUUGGAGUAUGACAUUGCUGUCAAUAUUGUAAAUUAUUGUUUUUCAGCAUAAAUACUUCACUAUAUGCAUGUAUUGUUCAGGCUUUUUGUGCUGUUUUGAUGUUACAAUUCAAAGUAUGAUUCUUAUGUAAUUUAAUAACAACAAAGAUGAUGGUUCAUGAUGGUUAAGACUCCCAUUUACAUCUGUUGUACAAAAUUACCCUUCAGAAUGAAUAUCCACAUUUGUCCCAAUGUGUAAUUACAUUUUUGUCAUAUUAUACAUUUUGGCACAUCGUUUAAAGGGAUAGUUCACCCAAAAAUUAAAAUUCUGUCAUUAAUUUAAGACUUUUGUUCAUCUUUGGAAUACAAAUUAAGAUAUUUUUGAUGAAAUCCAAGAGCUUUCUGACCCUGCAUAGACAACAACACAACUACGUCAAGGCCCAGAAAGGUACUAAGGACAUUGUUAAAAUAGUCCAUGUGACUAUUUUAAUCAGUGGUUCAAUCGUAGUGUUAAGAAGCUAUGAGAAUACUUUUUUGUGCAAAGAAAACUAAAAUAACUUUGGUAACACUUUGGGAUAGGGAACACUAUUAACUAUUAACAAAGACUUUUUCCUCAAUAAAUUCCUAAUUUGCAGCUUAUUAAUUGUUAGUAAGGUAGUUGUUAAGUUUAGGUAUUGGUAAGAUUAGGGAUGUGGAAUAAGGCAUUAAUAUAUGCUUAAUUAGUACUAGUAAAUUGCUAAUAUUGAGACUGUAAAAUAAAGCGUUACUGUAAUUUAUUCAACAAUUUCUGUUUAGUCUUAACUGUGUUCUGAAGAUGAACAAAGGUCUUACGGGUUUGAAACGACAUAUGGGCAAGUAUUUAAUGACAGAAUGUUUUUUUUUUUUUGGGUGAACUAACCCUUGAUCAAAAUAGCUGCAUCUUGCAAUAGUUAACACCAGUCUCAUUAUUGAGACCAUUCAUUCAAUUAUGUGCGGUGUAAACUGGACUUUUAAAGUGAAAAAGUUAUCUUUUUAACC